AUGCCCCAGCCCGUGUGCCUCAUUGAGAAUAUGAAAGGACAACUGAGAGCCAACCAGAAGGCCCUGGAGAUCCUGUCUGCCAUCACACAGCCUGUGGUAGUGGUGGCGAUUGUGGGGCUCUACCGCACAGGCAAAUCCUACCUGAUGAAUAGGCUGGCUGGGAAGAGAUCAGGAUUCUCUCUGGGCUCCACUGUGCAGGCUCAUACAAAAGGAAUCUGGAUGUGGUGUGUGCCUCACCCACACAAGACAGACCACAUGCUUGUUCUGCUUGACACUGAGGGCCUGGGCGAUGUGGAUAAAGGUGACAACCAGAAUGACUGCUGGAUCUUUGCCCUGGCUAUUCUUCUAAGCAGCACCUUUGUCUACAACAGCAUGGGAGCCAUCAACCAGCAGGCCAUGGACCAGCUGCACUAUGUGACAGAGCUCACAGAUCGAAUCCAAGCAAGAUCCUCACCUGACAAGGACGAUGGGGUGGAAGACUCAGCUGAGUUUGUGAGCUUCUUCCCUGACUUUGUGUGGACUCUGAGGGAUAUGACCUUGAAGAUGGAAGUAGAUGGGCUCCCAGUCACAGCAGAUCAGUACCUGGAGAUUUCUCUCAAGCUCAAGGAAGAUUCCUGCAAAGAAGUUGAAAAAUACAACCUACCUCGACUCUGUAUUCGUAAGUUUUUUCCAAAAAAGAAAUGUUUUAUCUUCUAUCCACCUACUGAGUGGAAAAAGCUUCCCCAGCUGGAGACACUACAAGAAAGUGAGAUUGAUUCUGAGUUUUUGCAGCAAGUAGCAGAGUUCUGUUUAUACAUCUUUAAGGAGUGCAAAGCCAAAACUCUUCCAGGAGGCAUCAUUGUCAAUGGCCCACGACUAGAAACCCUGGUGCAGACCUAUGUCAGUGCCAUCAGCAGCGGGUCUCUCCCCUGCAUGGAGAACGCAGCUCUGGCUUUGGCCCAGAUAGAGAACUCAGCAGCAGUACAAAAGGCCAUCACCCACUAUGACCAACAGAUGAGUCAGAGGGUGCAACUUCCCACAGAGACCCUACAGGAGCUCCUGGACCUGCACAGGACCUGUGAGAGAGAAGCCAUAGAAAUCUUCCUCAGGACUUCCUUUAAAGAUGAAGACCAUUCAUUUCAAAUGAAAUUAGGGUCUCAGCUAGAAGAAAGAUGGGACAACUUUUGUAAACACAAUACAGAAGUGUCAGCAAACCAUUGCUGGGCAUUGCUUCAGGAUAUCUUCAGACCUCUUGACGAAGGUGUGAAGCAAGGCACUUAUUCCAAGCCAGGAGGUUACUAUCUCUUUCUUCAGGAGACACAGAGGCUGAAGGAAAAGUACCAUGGACAACCAAAGAAGGGCUUACAGGCUGAAGAGGUUCUGCAGAAAUUCUUACAAUCCAAGGAGGCUAUUUCCAAGGCAAUUUUACAGACAGAUCAGAGUCUGACAGAAAAGGAAAAAGAGAUUGUAGUGGAACGAAAGAAAACUGAAUCUGCAAUGGCUGCUGCAAAACUAUUGGAGGAAACACAGAAGAAAAAUGAGAAGUUGAUGGAACAGAAAGAACGAAGUUAUCAGGAACACAUCAGACAGCUGACUCAGAAAAUGGAAAACGACAGAAUCCAAUUAAAGACAGAGCAAGAGCAGACAUUAUCUCUAAAACUUCAGGAGCAGAAACAGCUACUCCAAGAGGGGUUCCAGAAAGAAAGCAGAAAGCUACAAGAAGAGAUGAAGAAUGUGGAGAAGAGAUACAAGGACAAAAUGGAUCGUAUGAAAGUUGAAUCUUCAAAGACUACAGCAAAAGUAAUAGAAGAAGCACAAAGGAGGUAUGGGCAGAUGUUGGAAGAGAAAGACAGGAAUCAUCAAGAACAAGUCCGACAGAUGAUGGAAAAGGCGGAGAAAGAGAGAGCACAGUUAGUAGCAGAGCAAGAGAAGAAGAUGACUCUUUUCCUUCAGGAGCGAGAACAACAUCUCAAGAAGGAACUCUCUGAAGAGAGAAGAAAGCAUGAGAAAAAGAUUCAAGAUAUAGAGGAGAAAAACAGAGAAUUAAACUUGCAAUUGAAAUCCCAACGAGCUGAGUCCUCAGAGAAGACAAGAAAAAUGUUGAAGGAAAUGAAUGAGUUGAAUUUGAAGACUAUAAAUGAGAAACAAAAACAAUUUGAGAAUCAGUUGAGACAAUUGACUAAAGAGAGAGAAAAGGAUACAGCAAGGCUAAUGGAAGAGCAGGAGGAGAUACUUCAGAGUAAGCUUCAGGCUCUCGCACAUCCUGCCACUCCACCAUUUCUUGAGUCUUAUGUCUGGUAUGAGUACAAGGUCGUUGCCCUUCUCCAGAGUUUAGGAACUGAGGAAAACAGAUACUAG